GGAGCAGAGAAAGAUCCAUUGCCCAUAGCAACAUGUGGAUUUUAAUUCUCCUUGCUGCUCUGGAGCUUUGUUGGGCUCAAUAUAGCCCAAAUACAUUGCCUGGAAGGACGUCUAUUGUUCACCUCUUUGAAUGGCGUUGGAACGACAUUGCUCUUGAAUGUGAACGUUACUUAGCGCCUAAUGGAUUUGGUGGAGUUCAGAUCUCUCCUCCAAAUGAAAACCUUGUUGUUACAACACCAUGGAGACCAUGGUGGGAAAGAUACCAACCCAUCAGCUACCAGCUAUGUUCACGAUCUGGAAAUGAGAGUGAAUUUAAAGACAUGGUGAUCAGAUGUAACAAUGUUGGAGUAUACAUUUAUGUGGAUGCUGUUGUCAACCAUAUGUGUGGGGCUGCUGCUGGAUCUGGCCACUAUUCUACAUGUGGAAGUUACUUUGAUUCAGGGAAGCGAGAUUUUCCUGCUGUACCCUAUUCCGGGUGGGACUUCAAUGAUGGGAAAUGCAAAACUACAAGUGGAGAGAUAGAAAAUUAUAAUGACCUUUACCAGGUUCGGGACUGUCGCCUUGUUAGUCUUCUUGAUCUUGCACUAGAGAAGGACUACGUGCGUUCCAAAGUUGCAGAGUAUAUGAACCAUCUAAUUGACAUUGGUGUGGCAGGAUUUCGAAUAGAUGCUGCCAAGCACAUGUGGCCUGGAGAUAUGAAAGCAUUUCUAGACAAACUAAAAAAUCUCAGCACAGAGUGGUUUGCUGAAGGGACAAGGCCAUUCAUCUUCCAAGAGGUGAUUGAUCUAGGUGGGGAGAGCAUUAAAUCCAAUGAGUACUUCGGAAAUGGCCGAGUAACUGAAUUCAAAUACGGUGCAAAACUAGGGACAGUCAUUCGCAAGUGGAAUGGAGAAAAGAUGGCUUAUUUGAAGAACUGGGGUGAAGGCUGGAGUUUUAUGCCUUCUGAUAAAGCUGUGGUCUUUGUAGACAAUCAUGAUAAUCAGAGAGGUCACGGGGCUGGUGGAGCUUCCAUUUUGACCUUCUGGGAUGCCAGGCUCUAUAAAAUGGGAGUUGGCUUCAUGCUUGCACAUCCGUAUGGCUUUACAAGAGUCAUGUCAAGUUUCCACUGGCCUAGAUAUUUUGAAAAUGGAAAGGAUAUUAAUGACUGGGUUGGACCUCCCAGUUAUGAAGAUGGAUCAACUAAACCUGUAUCAAUUAAUCCAGACACAACCUGUGGCAAUGGCUGGAUCUGUGAACAUCGGUGGCGUCAAAUAAGAAAUAUGGUUAUUUUCCGCAAUGUUGUGAAUGGGCAGCCAUUUACCAAUUGGUGGGACAAUAACAGCAAUCAAGUGGCAUUUGGUCGUGGCAACCAAGGAUUUAUUGUCUUCAAUAAUGAUGACUGGAAUCUGACUGCGACUUUGCAGACUGGCCUUCCUGAAGGAAUUUACUGUGAUAUUAUAUCUGGGCAGAAGGAGGGUAAUAUCUGUACUGGAAUUAAAAUCCAUGUCCAUGGAGAUGGCACUGCUUAUUUUAACAUUAGCAAUGAUGCUGAGGAUCCAUUUGUUGCCAUUCAUGUCAGUGCUAAAUUAUAAUCUCAGUAAGAGAAAUGUAUUUCAGCAAUUUUGCUUUGCGAAAUAAUUUUGGACAGAUGCAGAAUAAUUUGGACACCUUCAAAAGAAUGUUUGUCUUCAGGUAGAUUUUCCAUUUGCUUUACUGAAAAAUUGUCUUUGCCCUUUGUUUUGUUUGUGGGCUUUUGUUACAUUUUGCCUGUCAUCUCUUACCUCAAAUAGCUUCAGGUGGCCAGUCUUGUGACAGAGCAUAAAAUGUAUAAAAUAGUCACAAUGUUCACUGUCCCAUCACAUAUUGAUUUUCAUCCCACCAGUAGCUAGCUCUGACCUCUGCAAAUUUGGUCUCUCUCUCCCCAUAUCUUAUGCUAUAUAUAAGACUCAUCACAUAGAAUAACCACUAUAUAGAAGGGGUUUCAGACAAUCAUCUUCUGGUAACAACCGUGCAUGGAUUUACCCUAGGUCUAGAUUCAUUUUUUCCCCAGUUCAAUCAACCUACUCUGUUACUUUGCCCUCACAACAAAAGCAGUUGCAUAGCAGGAAAAAGAGUGGAUCUGUGGAGGCUGCCUCCAAAAAGUGAGUUACUGUUAGCCCUUUGAGGUAGU